AUGGCUUCUUCCAAAGAAAUUCAGCAUUCCUCAAGACCUGGCCAAGUCCGCCUUCCAUUGUCUACAAAUUCGAGUUCCUAUCCACGACAAUCCCAUUCACGAAAUCAUUCUCACUCAGUAUCGGGAGGCUCCCUUAUACCAAGCAGCAGAGUAACUCGACGUAAAAGUGUAUCCGCAAACGUUAGUAAUGUCGACGCAAUCCUAGCUGCUGCGAAGGAGGUCGGUGAUAAUCCUUUGGCAAUGCCAAUUUCUACACGAAGAGCAACAAUGUCUAAAAAUGCCUCGAGGUCCGGACCUAUGGGCAGCUUACCGUCUCCACCAUCGAGUCUGCCAACUCAUAGGAUGAGGUUGAAUUCGGCGGUGAAGUCAGAGCGUGGAGAGAGUGCAAUUGACGACGAGAACAAUGAUGAGGAAAUGGAGGAUGAGGACGACGAUUUUACAAAGAACAGAUUGAGGAGAGCGAGUGAAGGAUCACAACUUUUGAAGGACGGCAAGAAGGCUAAUGCCAAUGAUCUCAAGUGUGACAAGUGUGGAAAAGGAUACAAGCACAGCAGCUGCUUGUCUAAGCAUUUAUGGGAACACACACCUGAAUGGUCUUACACCUCGAAAUUGUUAAUAUCAAAGCAUCAACAAGUACAACUGCUAGAAGCCGCCUCUGUCCUUGUAGGAAUGAAUCAAGAUGCUGCUAACACUCCACCGGAUUCUGCAAAGGACUUUCAAAGCGACGAUCAGGAUUCUGCAUCCCCGGGGGCGUCUAGCUCAGUUGAUCAUGAUAUUGACCGUGCCAGCUCUGCGGAUACGACGCCACCACCUGCAGAUAUGCGACACGCAUACGGUGGUGGUUCGUACAACAGAGCAAAGAGAUACAUUGUAGAUAGUGAUCGUUAUACAAUGUCGGGCAGGCUACUAUACGGCGGUAGUGUUCCAGCCGGAUUCGGUCAUUCUCGCCAUCAAAGUCAUGAGCGUCGCCCACCCUCCUCUAGCAUGAAUGAGAAUCAAGAGGAAGGAUUGACUGCAGCCAUCCACGCACUUUCGUGCGGCUUUGCAAGUCCUGGAACACCUCGAAGUGGACCACUCAUUCCAGCUGAUGCUCCUCCCGUCCCUGAAAUUCCAGCUGAAUAUUUGAAUGAUCUCUCGACUAGUUUCACUCCUAGCCUUCACCCACGGCAGAGGGAAAGUUUUGCCCGAGAAAGCUUUACGAGAGGGAGCUAUGACCCACAUCAGAUCCAUGGAGAUGGAGAUGGAGAUGUUCAUAUGGAGGAUGGCGAUGAUAGUGUUGGAGAUGAGGAAGAUUAUGAUCAGCGCUCCAGAGGUCGUUCUGAUGAUGACGAUGAUGGUGUUUUUGGACAUAUGGAGGAAUGA